AUGGAUGAACGGUUGAAGUGGCUGGAGGGGAGAAUCAGCUCUUCCCUGAGACCAAGGAAUGAAGAGCUCAAAAACAUGUUUCUCAAUGAUGAGAACAGACUUGCCUUUUAUGAGUUUAUCAAUAAUGAGGAUGUACGACGCCUGUUUGUGUUUAGUCGCCCGUCCAAACAAAUAACAGCCUCGCUUAUCCCUCCACAUGACCUCAAAUACAAGUCAAUCUUCUUCCUGAAGUGUAAAGCUGGCACCAAACUGACUAAGGAAAAUAUAGGUAAUGAGGUGUUUUUCGUUGAUUGCACUGAUGUGCCAUUGGAACACCUAGAGCUGAUUGUCAGGGAGGUUUACCUGCCUUUAUUGUGUACAAACCAGUCUAAUCUGGCUGCUUCUGGAGGAGACAAAGUGAUGGAUGUGUUACACAGACUCAUGUCUAUUGUGGAAGUAUCACAAGGUCAUGUUGAGGGUCGUAUCAUUCUCAGCCUGCCAUCAAUAGAAGUCUUAGCUGAGGCAGCAGCUACACCAGCACGGAGAGGAUCUGUCCUCCAUGUAUUGGAAACUACAGUCCUGGCAUGGAUAAAACAAAUCAAGGGUGUCUUGCGACAUGACCCAAUUGCUGACCUUUUCCACCACUAUGGUCCAGAGCCUGGACCACUGGAUGAGAUAAAAAUGUGGGAGAGACAGCUAGGGCGCCUUCACUCAAUUCUACGCCAGUUGGAGUCACCAGUAGCCAAAGACAUCCUUCAGAACCUUGACCAAGCACAAAGCCAGUAUUCAAGCUCCUUUAACCAUGUCAGAAAGGAUGUGAACAGGGCAGUGACAGAUGUAAACCGCACACUGAAAUUCCUCAGCACGAUGCAGUGGUUGUUCGAAGAUCUCCAUAGUACGGUAGACCCAAGACAAAUGCUCAGACUAUUCCAGCCUCUCAUGCAGGUUCUCUUCCGUGUCUGGCAGAAUUCUGUAUACUACCACCAGAUGGACAAGUUCCACAACAUCUUGCGUAUGUUGUCUAAUGAGGUUGUCCAUCGAGCCAUUGCUUUAGUAGGAGAGGACAUCCUUAGGGAACCACUUGAGUCUUACACUAAGCUGAAGGAUGCCUUGCGAGUAUGUGCAGCAUUCCGAGGCACUUAUCUUGAUUACAAGGACAAAGCCGAUGAUCAGAAUGCCAGAAAUAUCACUGAAAAUGCUGAAAGAUUAGCAUCACAACCACAGGGAACCCUGUUCCUUACAAAGAUGUACGGGCCUCAUGCCUACACACCACGUUAUGGUAUGAGGCAUCAGGACGGUAACUCCAGCAGUAGUUCUAUUAACGAGGAUGAGUUAUGGACAGACAGUCCAUGGCCCCCACGUAACGCCCCAUGCUUUGACCUUCUGAACAACUUCAUGGAACGGUGUAAUGAUGUGUUGGAGUUAGUGGAGACAACGCGCCAUUUCCGCCUGUUGGCAGAUGCUGCAGAGAUAGGUGGUGCUGGUAGCAUGAGUCUGGAUGCACUAGUCAAGGAGAUACAUGCCAAGUACACACAUUCAAUGCGAGAGUUUUUCAGUGUUGUUGGAAAUGUCCUUAAUAUUGAUGGCACACAGAACUUUGAACGUUCAUUCUUUAAGUUUAGAACAGUAGUAAAGGCAUUAGAGAAACGUCUGUCUGAGAUUCUACGGCUAUCGUACAACCAAUGUCCAACAGUGGAUGCCCAGCUCCGUCUCCUUGAGGUGUUUGAGGGUGUCAGUAGUCGUGAGCUUGUCCAGAUACACCUCCGAGACAAGGAUGCCCUUCUCAUCAAAGCAUUUAGUGCAGAACUCCGCAAUGUACAACUAAUGUUUGAGGAGAAUCAGCACCACCCACCCAGUCAUGCAAACAUGCCACGUAUUGUGUCCAAACUCAUGUGGAUACAUGGACUCAUCCAGCGCAUUAAGCAUCCAAUGGAGAAGAUGAAGAGAGUGAGUCCACACUCCCUAGAGGGGGACGCUGGCUGGCAGAUGAGGGACUUAUAUAACGACUGUCUCCAUAUGUUAGAAGACUUCAAGAAAGGGCUUAUGAUGGAGUGGCGCGAAAAUAUCACUGCUGAACUGACUCUCCGUCUCAAGCAGCCACUCCUGAUAGCAGAGGAGUUUGACGAGGAUGUGGAGGUGCGUCCUCAAGUUAUCCAUGUGAAUCUCGACUCACAACUGUUACGGAUACUUCGAGAAAUUAACUAUCUUAGUCAGGAGCCAUUCAACAUUCAGCUGCCAUCAGCUGCUAAAGAACUUGUACGUAACACCAAUGCGUUUGAGCUGCGUGUGACGGCCACCCGUCUGGAGACAAUAGUGUCCAAGUAUAACACAAUUAUGAGAACUAUCACAGAGUUUGAGAAGCCGCUGUUUGAGAGGAAACUUGCAAAGAUUGACACAUUGUUUGAGCAAGGUCUUCAGCAGUACACUUGGAAGAUGAAGGAGUCAGCUGACUUUAUUGAGCAGGCGAUGGCCCUCGUCUGCAUGGAUGUCCAUCAGAACCUGGACAUUGUCCAGACCAACUGUCAUGAGAUCGCUGAGAUUACCAUCUCCUGGUCAGCGGGAACUUUGGAUGUGUUCUCUGCUCGCACUAUGGACACUUCCUACUCCAUGGAGGAACUGUUAGAGAUGCAAAAAAAUUUGACAGAGGACCAUGAAACACUGGUGCUGCCAUCUGGUAAUAAGAUCCAUGCCCUGGUUCAAGUGUCUUUUGAGGCUGUACAGAUCAGUCAGGCCUCACCAGCCUGGGUCGAUUACAUCGACUAUAUUGACGCCAUUGUACUGGACGGUUUAAAACAUGCCACACUAGCAAGUCUCAAAUCCAUGCUUAAUAACUUGGUGCAGGCUAACAUGGAUGAGGACAAUAUCAUUAUGCCAAUAUUGACCAUCCGUCUGGAACUCAUUGACAACAGGGUAGCAUUCCGACCCCCACUCGAUCAGUCCUCCUCCGUCAUCAGUGUUCAAGAACUUGUCCAGAAGUGGUUGGAUGGAUAUCUUGCCAGAGGAAAACUUGUGAAAAUGUUGGGACCAAAGGGUACUUACCAGGAUUACAUCUCUGCAGAUGAGGAAGUCAAACAGCUGCUGGAAGACAUCAGUUCCAUGGUGGACGAUAACAGUGAGGAGUGCAAAAAACUGAUAGAGAUAUUUGGAGAUUAUGCAUUUUUAUGGCUCCAAGAUGUGAACAUGACCUUUGAGGAAUUUUUGCGUGGGAAAUUGUCUCCAAACCCUCUACGUAGCCCCAAUCGGACAAUGGCUGGAAAUAUUCGACAGAUGGCAUCUGAGAGGUCAAGGUCAAGGAGUUCCUCAAGAGCUUCAUCAACCAGUAGCAUUAACUCUGCUGGUCUGAUGGGAACAGCUGAACGCACUUUCCUUACCCCCAAAAACCUGACAGAGGAUGCAGACACCAGCAUUCCUAGCUUAGAUGAGUUUGAUGCUGAGAUAGAGAUUUACAGGACGGCUCGUGAUGAGGUACAGAGCCUUGAAGACUUUCACAAUGUCGGCUGGCUUCGUGUUGAUCUGCAGCCAAUAAAACAGGUCCUUACAACGUACGCCAGCAAAUGGAUGUGGACGUACACAAAGUAUUUGUCUGACCAGGUGAGUCACAUGCUGGGAAACCUGGACCUGUUCCUGAAGAGGAUUGAACCAGAGAUUGAGAGUAUUACUGGAGAGGAAAGAGACACAGCAUCAUUCAUGAAGAUGAUGAGGCUAUUUAAUGAGGUGUCUGCUCAGCAGUCUGAGAUGGAUGGAAAGUUUACAGCCAUGCACAGGACAGUCCUUCUGCUGAAAAAGUACGGACAGAAGCUGCCAGACCGUACUCAGCAGCUUUUUAACGCAGCCCCUGGUCGCUGGAAUAACCUCAAAACCAAAGUGUCCCUGGCCAAACAGAGGCUCGGGCCACGAAUUCAGGAAGAGUCGGUCAGGAUCACUCAGGACUUAGAAGCAUUUGGUAACCGUGUGUCAGCACUAUACCAGGAGCUAGAGAACUCGGAUGUUUACCAGCGAGACUGUAUCAUUGGAGAUGCCUGGGUCAUCAUAGAUAACUUUGCCAAACGUCUGACAGUGCUGGAGAAUGAAGCUCAGGAUCUUAUCGAACUACAGGAGCUACUGGAAACUUCAGUUGUUAACUUUGCCAUCUUACCUCAAUGUCGUCACGAGCUGAACAACUUGAAACAAGUGUGGGAGACAGUAAGAGUCAUCGAUGAGCAACAAGCAGAAUGGAAAAGACAUCGUUGGCAGAAGAUGAACACCAAGUUUUUACGGGAGGAAACAAACAAACAGUUGGACAUUGUCCGAGCUUUACCAGAGGAUAUUUUUACCUGGGAUGUUUACAUGGGACUCCAUGAAUCUAUCACAACAGUUCAGACAUGCCUUCCAUUGAUUGACGAUCUGUCCAAUCCGGCUAUGAGAACACGUCACUGGAAACAGUUGGUGCGAGUGACCGGUGGUGCCCUAACUAUUGACAAUGACACACUGAAGAGGAUGACCCUCGGGGAGUUACUCAGUCUGGGUCUUCAGAAACAUGUGGAUGAUGUUCGUGUAAUAGUUCAGAAAGCAGUGAAGGACCUCUCCAUUGAACAGUCCCUCAAGACUUAUGACGAAAUUUGGCUCAGUAAAAUCUUUGAGACACGCCUCCACACACGUAGUCGCAUGGAUCAGCAGUUUGUGAGUCAGGAUGCUCACAGUGAGUCCCAGAGUGAGGGGGGACAGUCUCUACAACAAGUAGCCAUCCCUAGUCGCAGUCAAGCCCGCACCACCAGCCGAAUAUCCAACCAAAGCUCGCAUAGCAAAAACAAGCGAAGCAGCAUUGCCUCCCUUCCUGCUUCCCUCUUGAACUUGGGAGAGGUAAUCGCCAAUGACUAUGGGACACUGUCCCUCCUCACCAACACUGACCCAAUUUUCCAAGAGUUGGAGCACCACCAGGUGUCGCUACAGGCCAUGCAGGCAAACAGUGCUGCCGGGUCCUUUCUGGAUGAUGUACUCAAGUGGCAGAAAAAAUUGCAAACCAUUGAGGCUGUACUUACAACCUGGCUGGACGUUCAGGAAAAAUGGGUGGAGCUGGAAGAGGUUUUCUCUGGUGCAGAUGUACGUACCUCCCUAUCACAUGAUGCCAAUCGUUUUGCUGUGGUAAACAAAGAUUUCCGUCUUCUCAUGCGUGCCACAGAGAAAAAUCCCAAUGUUCUCCAGUGCUGCUCCAGAAAGAACAUUCUAUCUAUCCUGGAACACAUGAACCACAGUCUAGAAAGUUGCCGGAGAUCCCUCCUCAAUCACCUGGAGCGACGGAGACAGAUUUUCCCACGAUUCUACUUCUUGUCAAUGGAGGAUGUACUCCACCUUGUUUGUAAUGGCUACGACUUGAAACAGGUGAACCUGUUUAUAAGUAAGGUGUUUGAAAAUGUUGGCAGCCUGGUAUAUGAAGAGGUCGAGGACAAUGAAAAAUACAGUUUCAUGGUCACUGGUGUGCUUAGCACGCUAGGGGAACGACUUGACUUCUUACAGCCAGUAACAUGUGAAGGGCAAAUUGAGACCUGGCUUACCAGUUUCAUUCUUGGUCUGAAGAAUGCUUUACAAUUCCAAAUGGCUACUGCUAUGGGUGUGGAGAAACCAAAACCACGCACCAGAACAAUCAGGAGUGCUGGGUCACGCAAGGUUACAAUUGGUGCACGUGCCUCCAGCUCAAUGAGUAAAGGAAAAGGUAACAUUUCUGGCAGUAGAACAAGUAGCCGUGCUGCCAAACGUGAAACCAAGGAGCCAGCGAGUCGUGCUUCAUCUGUGGCAGAGCAGCUUCUCACUGAGAAUGACAGGGGAGACCAACAGAAGUCGUGGACACUGGAUCACGUGACCGAAGUGGUGUAUCUGGCAACACGGGUUCAGAUGACUGAGAAGAUGGAAUCAGCACUGAAGGAGUUGGAAGGAGGCAAUAAGGAUAGCCUACAGAGUGCCUUACAGAAAGUGAACCAGAGUAUUCAUGCAACUACCGUCCUACUGAAGGGUCUAGAGGGGGAGCGUGAGACCAAAGGUCGUAACGAGGUCAGCGAAGGAGGUAUGCUAGAUAUAAAACUGGAGGGUGACAAAGAGGAGUUCUCAGAGUCAGCAUCAGUGGCAGGAGCACGCAGUAGUUAUGCUGCGUCAUUGACAGGCGCGUCACGUAAGGGGUCAACCUUAGAUGUGGGUGGCGGUGAAACAGCACGGACACCCAUUCCAGAGGAGGAAGGGUCCACCAAAGGGGACGAGCAGUCCUCCCUGAUGGAGCCCCAGACCCUGGAACCAGUAGAUACUAUGAACAUUCUUGCAGCGCCCCCCAUUACCACAUACAGUAAGAAAGAAGAGACCAAGGAGGAGGCUCCACAAGGGGAGACUGCAGAUAUGAAGCUAAUGUUGUUCCCUAGUCAGAUACAGAAGCUUACCUCCCUUCUUGCUCUUCUCGCACAUGUACGUGACUUCCUGGAGAGAAUGAUUGAAGCUGACGACACAAAUGCUGCAUCAGGAUUUGACUGGCGAUCACACCUACGUUUUUAUUUUAGUAAAGACAACAGGGCAGUCAGUGUCAAAACGCUUGACUCACAGUUUGACUAUGGUUAUGAGUACAUUGGCUCCAGCCCAAGGGAAGUAAUCACUCCUCUCACAGAGAGAGUCUUUGUAUCCCUCACACAGACAGUCAAGGCUCACAUGGGUGCCAUGUGUGUUGGACCUAUGGAUAGUGGUAAGUUUGAGCUUGUCCAUGAGUUAGCCCGAUGCCUUGGUUACCCCAUGUACAAGUUCAACUGUACAUCCACCAUGGACUACACUCAGCUGCAGGACAUAUUCCGUGGCAUGGCCUCUACAGGGUGCUGGGUGUGUUUCAAUAACAUCAGUCAUCUAACACCUGCUGUCCUCAGUGUGUACUCUCAGCUCAUCUCGGCAGUUAUGGGUGCCCUCCGAGCAGGCAAGGCAGCUGUACACCUUCAGUCUGAUGACAUACAGCUGAAUGCAGCAGGGGCUUGCUUUGCUCUUACUGAUAGUGCAGUACAGGUACAGCCAGGAAACCCUGAGAAGUUGUUGCUAUACUCCUCAUCCACUGCUGCUAUCCCUGACUACAUCAUGGUCCAAUUCCGUACAAUCUCUGUUCUGCAGCCUGACCUUCACCUUGCCCUAGAGGUCAUGUUAUCCAGCCAAGGUUUCGUGUCAGCUCGUGCAUUAGCUAAGAAGACAAUGACGCUGUAUCAGCUGUGCAGGAAAUUGUUGGGAACAAAUGUAUUCAUCACAGAAAAUGUCAUCCUGGGGUCAGAUGUAAACCAUGGCCGUGGAGGCUGGAGUAUGAAGACCCUAAAGGGGCUGGUGUCAGAGGCUGGCGCAUACAUGGAGAAAUCUGGGGAACAGGAUAAGGAAGAUCAAGUAGAAAAACAAGACCAAGAAAAUGUAGAGAAAGGUGAUGAAGUGAUCCCUGAGUCCAAACUUUUGCUGGAGGAGAAGUCCCUGGUAUUGGCGAUUAGAGACACGUUUCUGCCACGAAUGAAGGGAAGAGAUGCCAGUGUUUUUGGGACCCUUGUGUUGGACACCUGGCCCAAUGUGGAGGUCCCCAUGGUGUUUGGCGGGGAGGAGGACAUGUUACCAAAACCACCCCAGUCUCGAGCAAGUUCCGGCAAAGGGACAUCCUCCCGUGCCAAGACUGCCAAAAGUCAAGACUCUAUGAGGUCUCUCAAAGGUAAUUUGGAAUCUUUUUCAGACUCUAUCAACCUCAAUACUCCUGUAGUGGCAAUGGCUCGCUCCUCUGCACAACGAUUCCAGGCAGUAGGUGAUCCCAACCAAAACCAGAACCUUGAGGACAUGCAUGAUGCUAUUGCCGUGGCAACGGGUGAGCUGGGAUUGUUACCUGGUGUGGCCUUCCAGGCUCGUGUAGCUCAGUUGUCACAGCUCAACGCAGCUCAUCAGGCGAUAUUUGUGGUGGGGCCUCCAGGCUGUGGAAAGAGUGAGUGUAUAAAGACAUUCGCUGUGGCAGAGCGUGAACGCGGGAAGACCAUUAGCGUUCACACCAUGUUCACCAAGGCAGUCGAAUCAGAAGAACUGAUGGGCUACUGGGACCCAAAAACUAAGGAAUGGAAGGAUGGCUUGUUUGCCUCACUUCUCAGGAAACUCUGCAUUCAGCCCCCGAGCAUGAACUAUGACUUCAACAGCAAACCUGCUAUGAAGAUUGUCCAGCUGGAUGGAGAGGCUGAUGUAGGACAAAUGGAAUUACUGGGAGCUUUCCUCAACAAUGAUGGAUCUGUUGUCCUAGGUAACAAUGAAAGAAUGGUCAUUCCUGACACGACUCGCUUCUUCUGGGAGCUGGAGACGGUGGGACACAUGAGUCCUGCCCUGCUAGCCAAUGUUGCCAUCCUCAACAUGUCAAUGCUGGAUGUGGGUUGGAAGCUGCUACUGGUGCAAUGGCUGGAGCGCCGUCCAGAGGCUGACCGUGAGCUGCUGUCUGGGUUCUGUGAUGUGUAUGUUCAGAAAACAGUUGACUACCUUACAGAGUGCUGCCAGCCCCACAUGCUUGGUGGGGUGAAACAUAAUGGACCGCAGUACAAACGUGUUAUACCUCACUCCACUGAGAACAUGAUCACCACGUUUUGUACACUGCUCGAGGCACUUGUCCAUUCCAAUCCAGACCUUAGUGAUUUAGAAUAUGAGCGUUACUUCAACUUUGCAAUCAUCUGGGCAUUUACUGGUACACUGGAGGUAGAACAUCGAGAAAACUUCAGUCAGUGGUGGAAAGUGGAAUUCAACCAGUACAUAGAGUACCCAGCUGAGGGCACGGUGUUUGACUACUUUGUGGACAAUGAGAGUCAUGAGUUUACCCGCUGGUGUGACAGUAUGAGUAACUACAGUGGUGACCCCCAUUCUGGCAUCUCGUCAGAAGCCUUUGUACACACAGUACCGAUAGAGCAACUGAUGUACAUUUUGGGCACUCUAUCAGACUAUGGGAAACCUGUUGUGCUAGUCGGGGAGAACGGGUGCGGGAAAACUGCAAUCAUCAAUGAGAGAAUUCGUACUGUGUGCUCAGGCGAAGUGGCGGAGGUUCUCUCCCUUACUGUACAGGCUAAUAGGUUCACCAACGCUCGUCUGCUGUAUGACCGUCUGGAUGGACGACUUGAGUGGAAACAUGGGCGUACAUAUGUCCCUAAGGGUAACAAGCGUCUCCUUUGUUUAGUGGAUGACAUCAACUUAUCGCAGGUUGACAAAUAUGGUCACCAGACAGCGAUAGAGUUGGUUAGGGAGCACAUUGAUGAUGGAGGUUUCUACAACCAAGACACUCACGCUUGGCGUUAUGUGAAGAAUGUCACCUAUGUCAGCACCAUCAACCCACACACUACAGCCAAUGUGCCUGCCAUCAGCCAGCGGUUCUUGCGACACUUUGCCGUGUUUGGCUGUCCCUACCCGACCAGUUCUGACCUGCAGACAAUCUUUUCAACUCUCCUGCAUACACAUUUUAUAACUCCAGAAACCUCUAGUUCUGCAAAUCUUGCUGGAGGACAUCAUGGCCAUGAUGAAAAGGUAAUUAUUAAAGAGGAAGAAGAUGCUAUGAAGAGACUUCUGUCCCUGAUGGUCCAAGUGAGUGUGGAUCUCCAGGAUAGACUGCGCGCCAUGUUCCUCCCCACAGCCCAGCGCUGCCACUACAUCUUCACUGUCAGAGACCUCUCUACCGUUUUCAAAAAUCUCUGCCUAUCCUUACAACCUGGUUGUCCCAGGAAAAAUGUGCUGUUACUAUGGCAACAUGAGGCAUUCUGGGUGUAUGGCCAUCGUAUGGUAUUAGAUGUUGAUUUCCGACGGUUCAAACAGGCAUUCUCCACAGCAGUCAAAAAAGAGUUCACAGCUGAUGAAUUUAUCCAGCUGCUAAUUAAGACAAGACGCCCACUGUUCAGUAAUCUGAUAGAACAGGACAGUGGGGUGGUGACAGCAGGAAUGAUUGACAUGCGUCAUAGCUCUCAGGUGUCAGAGGAAGACGCACGCACAGACCUCUAUAAACCUGUGUACAUUGACACUGAAGCAAAGGCUCUGAUGGAGCGAGGGGUCGAGGAGUACAACAAAAUACACCCGCGUAUCAAAUUAGCCCUGUACAAGGUCAGUGUCACUACAAUUGUUGAGCAGGUAUGUCGCAUUGCGCGUACCAUUGCCUCGCCUCAUGAGAGCGCUCACAUCGUGUUGAAUGCCGAGGGUUGCCCGGGGCGCUGUACUGUCAUUGUGAAGUUGGCUGCCCAUCUGUGUGGUUUUACAGUCCACCAGAUCAACCCAUCGUCCAUGGGGGCCACGUCAGAGUACAAGAUGGACCAAUUCAAAGCUGACCUUGUACAAGGCUACACACGUGCGGGGUCAAAGGGUGAGAAGAUUCUGCUACUGUUACACGAGGAGGAGCUAUUAGAGGAAGACUUCCUCGUCUACCUCAUCGAGUUCAUCGUUGGGGGCUCCAUCAGUCAUCUGUUCACCUAUGAGGAGCAAACCACCAUCAUUAAUUCUAUCAGAACUGAGGUGACGCAAGCAGGACUCACAUACACACGAGAUACAGCCUGGAACUUCUUCUUACAAACUGUGAGGAACAACUUUCGCAUCUGCCUGAUCUCUAGUGACAGCGGUAAAAUGUUUCAGCGACGGUGUAGAGAGUACCCAGCAUUCACCAAGAAUGUCAACUUUAUAUGGCUUCCCCAUUGGUCCAAACUACAAUUAGUGGAACACGCCCUUUAUCACCUCAAAGAUGUGAGCUGGAUGACAGAUGUGCAAAGAGAAAACAUCGCCCAUAUGUUGGCUUCCAUGCAUUUAGUGCUGCGCCAACAAGAUGGACAGGAAAAGGACUCUGGAGAGUAUCGCCACAUCACCAACACCACUUACGAAAAGUUUGUAGAGAGGUAUAUUUCCUUAGCCAGUACCAAACACAGGGAGGUGAAUGAAGUUCAUCAGGCUGUGACAAGUUCACUCAAUCAGAUACGACGUGAAAACGAGGUUGCCAUUAAACUUCGUAAACAACAGGAGCACGAAAUGAUUGUUCUGGAAGAGAGGAAGGCUGGUACCAUCAAGAUUCUGUCUCAGAUUGGUCAAGAUACAGCCAUAACAGAGCAGCAAAUCAAAGUAGUGAAGGCUCAACUGGACAAGAUCUCCAAACUCAAGAAGCUAUUGCCUGAGUAUCAGGUUGCUCAUGAGCGUGCAGUGUACAAGGCCAUAGCUAUAGUGGCUGACACAAAGAAGGUUGUCCAGAGUAUGAACAGUGAGAAGCUGGCUGAACUGCGGGGCAUGAAUAAGCCCAUUAUAGAUAUAGAGGACCUCAUGACUGCUGUCAUCAUGAUACUGAAGACGCCAUCCGCCGAUCUUACAUGGCAGAAGGGAGCUAAACGUCAGAUGGCUAACCUCGAGAGGUUUAUUGAGGAGCUGACAUCAUUUGAUGAUAAUCAACUGGCAGAGUCAACGCUAAACCUGGUCGAGCCAUAUCUAAAGAAACCUUCAUUUGACCCAGAUACUCUGGAGAGAAAGACUGGUAACUCAGCCUGUGGUUCUCUCUGUAAAUGGGUCCGUGGAGUUGUCAGGUAUCAUCGUAUGAUGAUAUCAAAGGUUAAACCUCUCCACCAGAAGGUCGAGGAGACAACUCAGGCAGUGGAUGAUGCAGAACACAAGAUGGCCACCUUAGAGAACAAACGCAAGGGUUUGGAUGUCAGGUUGGACGAUCUAGCUAAAGGUUUUGAGGAGGCAACUAUAGAUAAAAACGAACAAGAUGAGAAGACUGUAAAGAUGAAAAAGAUGUUGGAGACUGCCGCUCAGCUGAGACGAACUCUAAAGGGCGAGCGACAGAGAUGCCAGCAGAUCUUCGACUCGUAUGAGCGACGCAUUAUGUCUGUCCCUGGAGGAUGUGCCAUGGCUGCAGCACUGGCUACUUAUCUUGGACCAUACCAUCAUAAUUUCCGCCGCAUGAUGCUCACUGUCCACUGGCCAAACUGCCUGCGUGAGCGUGGCGUACCUCUUGUGAUUGACUCCAUCGAUGGACUCAAAGGUCGUGUGAUUGACUGGUCCAUUGACUUCCUCAGAACAGCAGCAGGAGCAAGCACUGUGUAUGAUAUUGACUACACCUCAGCUUUAAUGGGACCUACAGAUAUGGAGGACCAGCCUCUCACCAAUCGCUCUGGCAAGGAAGAAGAAAAGGACAAAGAGGAAACAGGGGAAGAAAAGAAAGAUGCAGAAAAGGAGUUGACAGAGAAAGAAGGACAGAACACAGAAGAAAAGGAAAAAGAUGACUCUGAUGAAAAGAAGGAGGAAGAUAGUGAUGUGAAGGAAGCGACAAAAGAAGAAAAGAAAGAAGAAGAAAAGAAAGUUGAGAAGUCAUCGUCACCGCCUUUAGAGAAGACAUCGACAAACUCGGGUGAAUCAGGUCAUGAGGGGCUUGAGAGGAUCCAGGAGGAGAAAGAUGAGGAUAAUGAGAGUCAGGUGACCUCAUCGUCUGCCCCACUCCUUACUUCCACCCAGUACAACAAAUAUGUUGUCUCUCUUGUCAAGCUCCUGGUAGGGGAGAGGACUCUUAAUGACUGGCUCCGCAAAGAUUUUGGACCAAGACAGAUUGAAAAUGCCGCUAUCCUGUGUUCGUCUUGGCAGCGACCCCCCAUGUUGAUUGAUCCAAACGGUGAAGGGUCAAUGUGGCUCGGAAGACUCAACAAACUCAUGAAUAAAAAGAAGCUUGUUUCUCUAGAUAUGGACACCAGAUGGACAGACCCACAUGUCAUUAUGACUCUGGAGAAAGCAAUCAUGCGUGGUAAACCAGUGUUGCUGAGUAACUGUGAGGAACACAUUGACAAUAUCAUCACACCUCUCAUGCAUCAUCGGAACACUGCUAAUGAGAAUGAUUGUGAUGAAGAGCCACGCAUGAUCCGAUUCUGUGGCCGACGAGUUCUCUGUCACCAAGACUUCAGGUUCUAUCUGUCAGCACCACUGGCCAAGCCAAAAUUCAAUCCAGAAAUCGCAUCUGGUACAACCCUCAUCAACUUUGGUGUGUCACACGACACACUGACAGAGGAUUUGUUGACACGUGCGUUUGCGCGGAUGCGCCCUAAACUGUUUAAAGAGCGUAUGCUAGCAUUAAAAAACAUGCAGUUACAACGUGACACACUGUUGCAUCUGUCUGAAAUUGUCAAGGACCGCAUUCUCACACAGCAAGAGGCUAUGCUAGGGAGUGCCAAAGCCCUCAAGUUCAUCACUGACAUCACUAAUGCUAAGAUGGAGUUGGCCAAUCAGCUGACGGAGACACAGACCUUGCUCACAGACCUUGACGACCUCAAGGAUGAGUUGUUUCCUCUGGCUCGAAGAGCAGCCAUGCUGUUUGCAAUCUUGCGCUCUCUCCAAAGUAUUCAUAAUGAAUACCAGUUUACACUGCGCUACUUCAUGGAGCUUUUUGAUGAAGCAGUUGGAGGAGAGGUGCCCAAGGAGUUCUGGGAAGAUGAUGAUGAAGGGGGUUAUGAGGAUGCUGACGACCAGAGUAGCGUAGAUUUAGAAAAGAAGCGUCGGACAGGGAGUACAUCAUCUCAUGCUUCAAAAGACAGUGCUACUGCUGGUGCGCAAACCACCGAAAAACAGUCCAAGUCAGAAAAGGACAAGACAGAGGGUGAUUAUGAUGCUGAUUUUGAGGGUGACAGUCAUGUACAGAGUCAACAACAAGCUACCACAGAAGAUACCACUGAAGUAGCUGAUUACCUAACACUGUGCCCAUAUUUAUUUGUUUUAUAAGGUGAUGAAUCAGCUAGCACCGCUGCUGCCCAGAAGCUAAUAGCAGGAUCCGAGUCAGAAGAGUUACCUCCCCUUGAGAUCCCAGAGACCACCACAUUGCCCUCAGAGGGUGUGGAAUAUGACAACCUUUCAGCCAAUGAGAUCAAAAAGAUCAUGGACCAACUAACUGGACUGGUGUACAGGAGAAUUAGAGAGAGUCUAUAUGAGGAAGAUUGUCUGCUGUUUACUACACUUCUCACGCUCAACAUACAGGCAGAGGGUAUGGAGAACUUCUCUAAUGAAGAAAUGUCACUACUGUUACAAGGUAACCCUGGCCUAGGGAUGCAGCUGACCUUGGAGGACUUUGACUGUAAGGAUAAUCCUCCAGAUUGGAUGCCUCAAGAGAAAUGGGAGGACAUGAUGGCCCUGUCUGUCCUGCCUGGGCCAUUAGAUAGUCUCUGUAUCAACCUGGCUCAGAAUUCAGAAGGCUGGCAGGCCUGGUACAAAACAGAUCAUCCAGAAAAGGAGGCUCUCCCUCUGACUCCUGUGGAGGGCGAGGCCUCUAUAGAGAACCGACCUGGAUCUAGUGGUAGUAAGAACAGUCGUGGCAGGGGCUCCAAGUCUCCAGAUCUUGGCCCCUUAUCUGAUUUCCACCAGCUUUUGUUGCUGCGGAUGCUGCGGCCUGAUCGUCUCCCAAUAGCCCUCGUCCGCUAUGUCAAUAAACACCUGACCUUUAACCUUCCCAACCAAUCUGACUUCCGCAUACAAGAUGUCUUGAAGGAUGCAAAGCGCCACCUAGGUGUGCUACUCUUGCUGCCACCUAGUGCCACAAAUGGAACAAAGAACCCAUCAUCGCGUCUCAGUCUGACUCAUCCUCCUGUUGAUGUACUUAUUCGUAUGGCUGAGUCUGUCGGAGCCAAGGUUGAACAUGUACGUGUUGGGGAGGGAUGUGAGAUCCUCGUGGAUGAAGCAAUCGAUAGUGCAGAGAAGAACGAUGGCUGGGUAAUCAUUGAAGACCUUCAUCUCUCUCCAAAAGGCUUCUUCAAUGAGCUAAAGAAACAUCUUGUCCGAAUGGCCAGGGCUAGAAAUAACAACAAGGAAGAAAACAAAGGGGAAAGCCAGUUCUGUGUUUGGGUCACUUCUGAACCAUGUGACCAGAUCCCUGAUUUCCUGUUGAGGAACUUACACAAGCUGGCGUGGAACCACAUGACAAUGGAUGUGGUAAACAAUGAUCUACCACCUCCACACAAAGCUGAUGAUGCCGAUGUUGGGGGAGGGCCUUUUAGACUUACCUAUAGGUCACCUCACUCCUACCUACACACAGCAAUUGUUAGCACUUUGAAACAAGUAAACACAGAGAUAAUGGCAAAAGUGAUGUCAGAACCUCAACUCAUCCGUACCAUGGCAUUUGGUUUGGGGGUGGUUCAGGGAAUAUUAGUUGCUCGUCAACUGUUUGGAACACAAGGCCUGAACCAGUGGUACCCCUUCAACUCUGUACAGAUGGAACAAUCCAUAAGUGCCCUCACCGGGCAGCUUCUCAAAGGAACAGAAGAUUCAGAACCUAAACUUGAGGAAAUCACCAACCUCUUCACUGAGCUGGUGUAUAAGAACUGUGUGUAUACUGAGAGUGAUAAGACUUACGUGGAGGCUGCGAUCAGACAAGUUCUUACCAACAUCUACACAGACACAUCUGGUCAGCUCAUCCUUGGCGGGGUGCGCUUCCCCACACCACCAGCCAAUGUUGACCCGACAGAGUUUGGUAAAUGGUAUGCCAAGAAUGUGGAUGAGGAUUUGACUAUUCCAGCUCUCCAAUUACACAGCAGUGUGGAACGGGAAGUCAACGAGGCCAAUUCUCUGGUGUUCAUUGAGCACCUGGACCACAUGUUUGAGACACAGAACAUGGAAGCUGGAGAUGUGGCCCGGUCUACAAAAAAUAACAUCAACAUUAUGAAGCUCCGUUCUUCUCUUGAUCUUUGUUUGGAAGAGUUACCUAACUUGUUGGAGCUCGGAAGUGUUCCAGAAAUCCUCAGUAAUGACUUUGAUUUCCCGUAUCACCGACCAAGUCUGAUCAGUCUCGGCACAAACAGUAGUACUCAGAUGCCUGAAACCAUCGGCUACUGUCUUCUACAGGAAUGCCUAUGGUUGAACUCGGUGCUAUGUCACAUCCGACAACAGAUUGCAGAUUUGCAGAGUUCCAUUCUAGGUGGUCCUGAGGCUUUAGCUUGGGUCUUACUGCCCACUGUGUACAGUCUGCAAGAGGAGCAUGUGCCAGUGUCCUGGGUACAUCCCAACUGUCAACCCUGUACCCACUCACUUCUGUCCUGGCUUGACCACACAAAGAAAUGUCAUGAGCAACUACAUAACUGGGUGAAACACGGCAUGGUUCCAACUUUCAAGGACAACAAUAUGGCAGAGAAUCCUGUUAUAGCCCAGGGGUCCUUGUCCAGUGUGUGGCUGGGUGGACUUGUCAACCCUAUUGCCCUCUUAACUGCCUACAUACAGGAGAAGGCCAUUGUUAGCAAAUGUAGCAUGGAUGAGAUUUCUUUCGAGUGUGUUGUCAUGGACGAGAUCAACAUCAAGGAUUAUGACAUUGAUGAGGGUGGUCUGUUUAUUACUGAAAUCAACCUACAGGGUGCCAGCUGGAGCUAUGAUCUCGACUCCCUCUGCGAGGCCAAGUCUGCCCUCUACAGUAUUCCGUGUAUAUAUUUGCGUCCAAAGACCAAAGCAGAAUUGGCUAACAAGGACAAGACCACAAUCUACCCAUGCCCUGUCUACAUGAACAAGAGUCGACAAGUUUUAACCACGACCCUUGACCUUAACUGUACAUCUCCAGUUGACAACUGGAGACUCUCUAGAGUUGCACUCAUCCUGGAUCCUGGACUACCAGAGGAUGGUGUGAGGAAGUCACGAUCCUACUUGAUGCUGACACGAGCUCCCCAGAUGAUGACUGUGGAAGAAGAGUCGGAGCUUGCUUCAGAGGAAGAGGAGUUUAUCAGGCUUGCUGAGGAAACAACUACAGAUAUUGACCAAUCGGAGCAAUCAACACAACUGUCAUACAGACCAAUGACUCCCAAAGCACCACCACUUCCUGCGGGACUAGGUCUUCGUAAGGAACCAUUAAUGGUUGAAGAAGAAGAAGAAGAAGAGGUAGAAAAUGCAAAGAGUGUAGAACAGAAAAGUGAUGGAAAACUAACACCAAAGACAGGAGGCUCUACACCGAAAAAAUCUGGGAAAACAAGCCCCAAGACGAGUAUAAACACACCGAAAGGAAGUAUAAAAUCUUCAGAUACCAAACAGGGGUCCGCCCAAGUGUCUCCACGUGAACAAGUCGUUACCAAAUCACCUGCACCAUCAAGAGGCAGCAAUAAGACUCCAGGGUCAAAAUCUGGGUCACGCCAACAAUCUCAUCAUACUUCACAGGAACUUGAAGUAGCAGAACAGAACAGUCGACCACGUUCUGAACAUGAAGAUCCUGUCACACAAAUGGAGAUAGAGGAUGAGACAACGCACCCUGACCCCAAUGAGACAAAGAGUCAGAGGUCAGACAGAGAAGAGGAGACUGUGACCUCUGAUAACAAAGACAAUAUGGAAGACACAAAUGAACAGCCAUUAUCAAAGGCUCCUUCCAAAGAAAGUGUAAAUAGGUCUGGAAAAAUGUCUAAAACUCCUUCCAAAGAGAGUGUAAAUAGAUCUGAAAAACUGUCUAAAGCUCCUUCAAAAGAAAGUGUAAAUAGGUCUGGAAAAAUGUCUAAAGCUCCUUCAAAAGAGAGUGUAAACCGAUCUGAAAAACUGUCUAAAGCUCCUUCAAAAGAAAGUGUAAACAAUGCUGGCACAAUGUCUAAAGGUGCUUCUAAGGAAAGUGUGAACAAAAGUACUGAUAACGAUGUGGCAGGUCAAAGGUCACAGUCAGGCAGUAGACGACCUUCAGUUGCAUCCCAAAGGUCACAAGCAAGUCCAGCAAACCAAGGACAGAGACGGCUAUCACAGGGAUCACAGAGAUCAACUGACCCCUAG